AUGGAUGAAGAGGCCGCGCUGGGGGAGGUCGCCGAACUCCGGCUGAUCCUGGUGGGGAAAUCCGGAGGCGGGAAGAGCGCCACGGGCAACACCAUCCUUGGCCGGGGAGAGUUCGAAUCCCACCUGGCAGUGAGGGCCACCACCUUGCGGUGCCAAAGCGGGGAGGGAAACUGGCAGGGCAAGAGGAUCUGCGUGGUUGACACGCCCGACAUUUUCGACUCGGAGACCUGCAGUGAGAUUCUGGAACGGGAGAUCGCGUCUUGCAUCGCGCUCUCCAGGCCCGGCCCCCACGCCCUGAUCUUGGUGACCCAGGUGGGGCGCUUCACCGCGGAAGACGUGGCCGCCGCAAAGCGGGUCUGGGAUAUCUUUGGGGCCAAGUCCGCCAGGCGCACCAUCGUCCUCUUCACCUGCCUGGAGGAUUUGGGAGGGGCCUCCCUCCAGCAGUAUGUCCGAAGCUCCGACAACCAGGAUCUGCGGAAGCUGAUCCGGCAGUGCCGGAACCGCUUCUGCGGCUUCGACAACAAGGCCAAGGGCGCCGAGCGGGAGAGGCAGGUCUCGGAGCUGAUGGAGAUGGUGGAGAGAAUCGUUUCGGAGAACCGGGGGAGAUACUACGUCCACCGGCUGUACAAGGCGCCCCGCAGAGUACGGGUUGAGAACGUCCGAUCUUUCCCGGCCACCGUCCGGGAAAGGCUGUUACCGAGGCCCUUGACCUGCCCAGAAAUUGUGGCCCUGUCUGUGUUGGUUUCCUUCUUGCUGGCGAUUGUGAUUGCGGUUGUUCUCAUGUUCUACUUUAAGUGAGUGGGAUUUUUUCGUUCGUACCCGGAUAACGGACCGGUGUAGCCAAUGAGGCAGACGACCGACUUCGACGGAGAGUUAGGACUGCAGGAAAAAAUAAUAAUAACGAUCGCAACCAAUGGGCCUUCCACGGAGCGCCUGUGUAUUGCAGGGGUGUGUGGUUGUCAGAAAGAGGCCUGUGAACAUAUAACCACAAGUGCCUAAUAUUUUAUCAGUAACAUAUUGUCUCGGUUCCCACAUUUACCUCGUUUUUUCUAGCCAGUGAUAAACGCUCUAAAAUCAACUGCCGUCUUGUUUCGCUUUCAUUUUCAAUGUCAAUCUAUCCAUGUCUGCACACUAAAAGAUUUUUUUUUUAAUGAAUAGGAAACAAGACUGUUAUACUUGUAUUAUCAAUUAGUUGAUGUAAGAUAACGAGAAAUAGAAUUAUAUCUCAAUGGAUAAGACGUGUAUUCUGAACGUUAGACUUCGUGACGAAGGGUGAAAAUGGGAACUUGGGUUCACUCCAAACUUGGAAAUUAUAAAUAUUAAAAAUGUUGACAGUUCAACAUCAAUGGGAAAUUAAACAUUGGGGGGAACUCAUUAGGACGUGGAUUGUCUAUAACGACUGAAUGUUAAAAGAAAAAGGAUAUGUGUAAGCCAAACAUUAUUGAUAAAUCUUAAGAAAGUCAUUUUUAUUUCAUUGGUUUAAUAAGAAUUGUAUUAGUUUAAAACAGAAGGCAGUAAAUGUGAAAGAGAAAAGAGAGGAACAAUUUAAUGUAGUAGCUUCCGACUUGUAUUAAGGCUACUUGUACGUUAUCGUAUUAUCGAUUAACCCAGCCGCCACCUUGCUUUUUAAA